AUGGGUGUUGAAGGAUUGCAUCAAAUUGAUUUGUCCUUGACAAAUCAUGAAAGAAAUGUUAGAGAUGAUAUCCUAGAUAUGGUUAAAAAGAAUGAUGAAUUUGUGAGUCAUUCGGAUCACAGUGAUAUUUCUAUCAACGAUGUUGUGGACCAUGUAAUUUAUAUUGUUAAAAGAAUUGGUUGGAAUCAUGUAGGACUGUGUGGUGAUUUCGAUGGUAUGGAGAAAGGACCGUUUGGCCUUGAAAACACUUCAAAAUAUCCAUAUCUUGUUAAAAAGGUUUCGGACGUAACAGGUGCUUCGGAAAACGAUAUCGCUAAGUUUAUGGGCCUGAAUGUUUUGUGCGUAUGGAAGGAGUGUGAAAAAGUGGCAAAAGUUUUAAAAAAGGUUUGUCCGCAACCGAUUGACAUUAAUUGGAACGAAAGAAAAUGGGUUUUUCCAAAAUAUGCAAAGGAUAUUCUAAAUAUGUAUUCAGGUGCCAAAGAUCAAGAAAAUAACGUGUAUACAGACACUACUAAGCCUUAG